CAUGUACUUCUGCCAGCCGCCACCGCUCAAAUUUUCAAAUGUCACCCCCCCGCCAAUACUGUAGCGAAUUUUGGGCGUCAAACUCGAGAUUCAACCCCACCAUCAAAUCCUCCAGACAGCACAUCCUGUUGGCAUUCCAAGCUACGAUGGAGAAUACAGAGCCCCAACAAGCGACAGAAGCGUCGCAGGUGCAGUCACAGCCGGUUGGUUCUCAACAAGAGGCCCCACGUACCUGGAAACCGAUCCAUGCUCUCAUCAUCGAUACCGGCCCUCUCAUCAAGAACGACCCUCCAGUCAGUACGCUUCUGGCGCAAGCCGAAGAAUUAUACACACUGCCAUCCAUCCUUCCCGAAAUCAAAGAUGUCGAAACACGACGACGAGUUGAGACGCAACUGCUGCCCUUCCUGAAGCUGCGCAGCCCCAAGCCCGAAAGCGUCAAGUUCGUACAGGACUUUGCACGGCGCACUGGUGAUCUCGAGGUUUUGAGCAGACCAGAUUUGCACCUGAUCGCUCUCGCAUACGAGCUGGAGUGCGAACGCAAUGGUGGAGACUGGAGGUUGCGCAAGGAGCCGAACCAGAAGAGGACAAAUGGCAAAUCACCAGCACAGCUUGCGAAAGAGGAGGCCGAGGGUAAACAACAAGAGACCACUAGCGACAAUAACAACAACGAUCAGGAUACGGGCCUGUUGAAGCCUGCAGAGCUGUCUGGGGAAACACCUCGGGGUGGUACAGAACAAGUAGAAGCACCCGCCCGGUCUCCUGUAGACGAAGCGACCGAGGCCACCCAAGCCACUGAGAGCACUGAACCUGCAGUUUCGCAAGAAGCUGUAACACAUCAACUGGACACCCUGACUCUUGGACCGGAGAAGGACAUCACGCCAGAAGAGAUACAACCUGAGCAGACCGAGGAAACAGCCCCAGAUGAUGAUGAGGAUGAGGAUGGCUGGAUCACACCAUCGAACUUGAAGAAGCAUCAAGACAAGGACCAACAGUCGGCACCAGAACAACCGAUCCAAAAGGUCCUUCAGGUGGCUCUUCUCACCUCAGAUUACGCCAUGCAGAACGUCCUUCUGCGCAUCAACCUCAACCUCGUAUCACCCAGCAUGGCCCGCAUCACUCGCGUCAAGACAUGGGUCCAGCGCUGCCACGGCUGCUUCCAGAUCACCCGCAAUAUGAGUAAACAGUUCUGCCCCACGUGCGGGCAGGCUACCCUUACCAGAGUGAGCUGCUCGACAGAUCAGAGCGGCAACUUCCAGGUCUAUCUCAAGAAGAACUUCCAGUACAACAACAGGGGUGCCGUCUACAGUGUACCAAAGCCGACCCAUGGUACAUCCAAUGGAAAGUACAGGGGACAAGGUGGUGGUAAGAAUGGUUGGGGACGGGACCUGAUCCUCGCCGAGGACCAGAAGGAGUAUGUCCAAAGGUCUGAAAACGACAAGAGAUUACGGCAGCGGGAUUUGAUGGACGAGGAUUACCUGCCGGGUAUUUUGACGGGACACAGGCAGAACGGGCCAGGCAGGAUAAAGGUGGGUGCUGGACGCAAUGUGAACUCGAAGAAGAGGAAUUAGAAGUAGAAGAGCCGUACACUCCGUAGACAGUGAUACCACGAAUGCAUGACACUUUUGAUGACCAGACAAGAUA